GGAAAGGAGGUUAUUGUUGCAAUGAGACGGGCACUGCACUGUCGAUAAAGUGUGUUUGUAUGUCGUUUUCGUCGAUAAUAAGUGUUGUGUUUACUUUCACCCGUGCGAAUGUCUCAAUCCUUACUUUUUUUGUUUGUUUUUAAUUUUAUAACUGCCACAUGGGUUGGCGUUUUAGUUAACCCUUUAUUUUGAAACGAUGGAACGUUGUUCUUACGGUUUUUACACCAAAAGAUCUGAAAUUUUGGACAACAUUCAAAAGAAGAAAGAACAAGAAAAGGAGCAGCCAAGUAGUCCAAAUUUUCAACAACAACAGUUAUCUAAGCCACCUGAAAAACAAAUUCAUACCCCUGAAGCGCCAAGUGCAAGUUUAGUGUCACAACAUGUCCCCACACAACUCCUUUCUCCAACACAAGUUGCUGGCUCAACAGUUCAGUCAAAGGAGGACUCUAAAGAUAAAACAUUAAAAGUCACAAACUCUACUACUAUAACGUUAAUAGAAAAUAACAGUAUAAAUGGUGAAAAGGAUAAGGAUUUCCCAAAAAAUUAUUUUACUUUAGAGCCUAAGAAUGACAAGAAAGACGAUCUAAAUAAGAAUAGUAUAACAAUAACAAGAACAGUCCCAAAGCAAUCUCCGGGAUCGGGGCAGCCUGACAAGGCAAAAGCUGGUACAAAAACUGCCAAAAGACCUUUGCAGUAUUUGGAGACUUUGGCACAAAAGGCAGGUAUUACUACUGAAGAUAAAUAUGAAGCGGCCAAUACUUUACUGGCUCUAGAUAAACAGAAUAAUACCUUCCGAAGGCCGGAGCUGAAACAACCAAAGGCUGAACCAGAAACUCAUUCUCAAGCUGAAGAUUUUAGGUACAGAAAUCAAAAAGAAGAUGAUGACAAAUUACAGAUACAACAGCAAAUAAUUCAGCAACAGCAACAACAGCAGUUGCAGCAACUGCAGCAGCAGCAGUUGCAGCUGCAGCAGCAGCAGAUCCAGCAAUUUCAGCAACAAGCGCUACAGAGGCAACAUCAAGCCAUUCAGCAACAUCUGAAGAAUCAGCAGGAUCAACAAGAGUUGUUACAAAAGCAAUAUCAGCAACAACAGCAGCAGCAGCAACAACAGCAGCAGCAGCAGCAGCAGCAGCUGCAGCAGCAGCCUCAACAACCGAAGGCUGAGAUUCAACAAUUAAAUCAGUCUCAACAAGAUUUGCAACAACAAAAAUUUGUUCAGGUGGUCAAUAAUCAGUCUCUUCACACGCAGCAGUUCAAUGUGCCCGGUAUAGGUGAAAUAAAUCUCAGUUUUCUCGCAUCACCGCAAAAUAACGUGAACCUUCUGUUCGACAAGAAUCACAAGCCCGGCAUGAGCGGAGAGAUCAAACAAUCGAUAACAGAAGGUCAAAAUCAGCAACAAAUGAGUAUGUCACAGCACGAUUCGAAUCAGCAACACCACCAGACAGUAACUGUGGUGUCUUCUAUGCCCAGCAGUAUGGCAACACAUCAGGUUCCGCAGCAGCAAGCAGCUGGUACAAUACAGCAGCAGGCUGGAGCUAGUAUAUCCACUAUGGGACCGAUACAGAGCUUACCACCGAACACUCCACAUCCUCAGCAAUUAAGUGCCGAUUGGGGACACGGACGUGUACAAGUGAUUCAACAGCCACUUCAAAAUAGCACUUACCUGCAGCAACUGUACAAUGCACAAGGGCUACUUAUGCCAGGAAAUAUUGCGUUACAUCCACAGAUCAAUUCGCAACAGAUACAGGUAAUCGCCGCUGGCAAACCAUUUCAAGGCAACCAGCUCGCCCCACAUAUGCUGACUACGCAGGGGAAACAAGUACUACAGGGACAGACUGCAUCGUUCCCUGGGUACACCACUAUACCGACGAUACCUACUACGCAGAAUCAAACAUUCGUGUUUAGCCCUUUGGGGGUGCUGAAUUCCCAACCGAGCAUUCUUCCCGCCCAUUCUCAGGCCUCGGGGAUGAAUCAACAACAAAAACCCGGAGAUAUGCAUAAGGGGAUGAGUGGAGGGAAAGUAACAACAGGCAAAGUGAAUACAGGAAAUGGUCAGACUGUACCACUUCAAACUCAAUGUGUGCAGGUCUCUCAGCCAGUUCUUGGACAACAGCCACAAGCCCAAAUCAUCAGCCCUCUGCAGGCUGGUGGACAGAUGCAGUUUGCUCCUUGGCAGAUAUCAGGGGCCAUACCCCAAGUUUGGGCCGGAGGAUUGCAAGCUGGGACGAUACCGGCUGGCGGGUUGUUAGCCCCGAACCCCAUCUUCAUACGAGGCUCGCAGCAGGAUCCACCGCCUUCUAUGUUCAUACAACAUUCACCCCAAAAUAAUGUUCAGCAUACCAGUGAAAGUGUGGCGUCGUCAACCGUCAGUACCACUAAGCCAAGAGUCUCCACUGAUGGAAUGUCAAAAGGACCCCGGCCACUGUCAAACAUAUUGCCCUCGAGUGGUAUACGACCAGCUUCUAGUGUUUCUACGCAGACUAGCGCGAAUCAGGCACAAAACGCUGCAAAGCAACGGAUGAGAGUGGGUGUACGUGCAUCUACGCCGAAGCAAGAUGCAGCGAAUCAAACGAAUAAAAUGCAACAUUCAAUGCAACAGCAGAAAACGCAGUUACUGGUUAUGAACUCGACGGGCCAAAUGACACAAAUCUCGAGCGUAGACAAACAGUCUCACAACAAAAAUCAACAACAACAACAGCAACAGAUAAUGCAGCAACAGGCAUUGCAACAGCAACAACAGCAACAAGCGCAGCAACAACAACAACAACAAUUGUUGCAGCAACAGCAGAACCAACAGCUAGUCCAACAGUAUCAACAAGGAUUACUAGGGAUGCAACAAGCAUUACCAGUGGGUUCAGUCGCUCAGACUUUGCCUUUGGCAGGCCUUCCGCAAAUAUCUAUGGUGCAUCAAAUUCAUCCAUUGGGUGGUGCUGGUCAGCCUGGCACAUUAGUUAGCCAAAUAAGCACUAGUCAACCAGCGCAAAAUGCAUUAACGCAAGUCCAAACUAUUCCACAUCAGCAGGGUCUAGUUGGAAGCGGGUUGGUUCAAACUUCAGUUGGUAUGGCUAUCCAACAACAGUCACUCAACGCUACUCAAAUGUCCAAUGUAUCGUCAAACAGUUUAAGUACACCUCAAAUAACAAUCCAGGCUUCAGGCCUUGGACUAAUAACGGCACCGGUACAAGGCUCCGUUGUGCCGUUACAGUCACAAAUUGUGUCUCAACAAAGUCAAGGGAAACCAGAUGAGAAGCCACAGCAGAUGCCGGCUUCGACGACAGUCCAGCAAGUGUCGACCUCUGACGCGUCUACGGAGGCCGUGCCAUCGAGUGCGCCGGCUAGUGACGUCACUAUUUCUACAACUGUCACCACACCAAAUAUCUCUCCGUCAUCUGAAGGUUCUAAGCGUUCGGAGGCUUCCGUAAGCACGUCUGUCUCUACCUCCAUCUCUUCGGCACCCACUAGCAGCACGGUUACUACGAAUGUUAAGCAGUCACCAGUUGCAGUGACGUCAUCGACGACGAUGUCCUCAUCGGCGAGCGUGACGUCAGCGACCAUGACGUCACCGACAACUACGUCUGUAGCGGCAAGUUCGAUAACAUUCAAGAGCAGCCAAUGUACGCCAAGGAACAUCAGCUCCCAACAAGUUACGGACAAGGGGUUACCCAAGGCGAUGGUCAAACCGAACAUUUUGACUCACGUGAUUGAAGGUUACGUCAUACAAGAGGCAGCUGAACCAUUUGCCGUGAAUCGUCCGCUCCGCGAAUGGAGUUCUGGUGAUAAGGAGCAAGAAAAAGAAAAGGCAACAACGGAUGAACCGCCACCUGGCAAAAGAGCAAGGAUGGAUAUUACUACUAGUCUACCACGGAUAUCGUCAAGCAACGACUCCAAUCUUCCCAGUACUAGUCAGGCUAGCAAUGAAGUUUCGGAGGCACCUGAUACAAUCCAAGUAGACGAAGACGCGAAAGAACUGCCCAACGCUCAUAAGUGGACCGUUACCGAAGUGUGCGAAUUUAUCCGCAACAUACCGGGUUGUGCCGGCUAUGCGGACGAGUUCCUCAUGCAAGAAGUGGAUGGUGAAGCUCUACUUCUGAUCAAGCCUGAACACUUGGUGAUGGCGCUGUCUAUGAAGCUUGGACCAGCUCUCAAAAUUGUCGCUUGUAUUGAUUCGUUGCGUCCGGAGAGUGAACAGACAACCGCUGACGCAAAUGAAUGAGAUUGGUUUUAAGGCCCCGGAUUAUCCGGUGGACCUUAACAUGACUAUUAUAUAUUUAUAUUCAUAAAAAUCAAACCUAUUGCACCGAGUUAACUCUAUUUUAUUUUGUCACAGUGUAAAUUCAAUUUGAUAGACAAAAAAAAGAGUGCAAUUAAUUUAGUUCUUAUGAGUAAGAGCCGAUAUGAGGCAUAGUGUUUGCAUGUUUGAACCCUUUAAGAAUGUACAGUAGAUAUUUUCCACACAGUUUUUAUGAAUAAGUAAAAGUCGAUUGGAGGCAUAUGUGUAUACGCUUUUUGACACCUUUUUUUAAACGUACGAACGUUUGUACGACGAAAUUGUUCACUGUUUAAACGAGCGUUUAAUACUUUGAAAUCGCAAACUAAAACUCAAUGGCAAGUUUUUACUAUGGAUGAAUAAAAUAUGAAUAUUUUAUUUGUUCUUUUUGACACACAGUUUUUUUAUCACUAACGCGAUGUUUAUAAAUACAAUUUGUUUUAUCUAUGCGUAUGCUUCAUAAUCGCUUAUCCGUUAUUUUACCUUUUUUUAAUUUCGUAUAUCUGGACAUUGUCGAAUCUCCGCCUAUUAGUUUUAAGCGUUUGAUUUUGUGUUAUGCUCACGCGCUGACAAUUUUAGGUUAAGUUGACGGGGGAUUUUUGUACAAUGCUGGAAUUUUUCGUAAUAGUUCGGCCGUUGUAGAGCGCUUGCAACGCCGAAUGUACUCUUGCUUUAUCGUUAAAAACUGGUGAAAUUUACGUGAAUUUUAUAAUUAUCACAGAUAAAUGCGAAAAUCUCUCGAAUUUAUUCGGCUUCACUCCCAUGAUCACACCAACCCACAGAAAUAACCCCAUGUGUGAUGGUUACAACACCACAUUAACGCCCAUAUAAUCUUUAGCAGAAAAGUAGUUUUUCAUUUAAAUUCUAGGAUGGUUAUAUGAGUCGUGAUUUGAACUCCCAUGACAGACUGGAGUCAUCACUAAGUCUCGACUUUCGACACUGAAUAACCUUUAGUAAUGCUUAAGUUUCUGUAGUCUCCACUAUAGUUUUUAAUGUGGUGGUGGGUAGUUAAGUGUAAAUAGGUAAUGGCAAGUGCAAUUCGUUAGUGUACGUGUCUUAGGUGUUUAAUAUUUUAUUUACGUUUAUGGUGCUACGUAUUUUAAUUUUAUAUUUCUUUAUAGUUUAAGAAUUAUUUUUAGGUAAAAAUUACGACGUUGUUAAAGUUUAGGCCAGGUCAUUCUUAGGGUUCGUUUACACGCAUGCAGAAAAGAAUUGUAGAUAAAUUCACCGGCUUUAUACUCUCGGCUAGUUAUUUUUUGAAUAAAGAAGGAUAAUAAAAAUAUUUCCCUAUUAAUUUUCACAUAAAGAGUCCACCUUAAGUGGACGUUACGUUUGCACUAAAGUUAUAUAACGGUACUGAAAUGUAUUCUUAUUUUGAAUUCUCUUGACACUGCCUGGCAUAGAUAAUGAUAAUUAAUUUGUAUAGCCAUUUCAAAUAUGAGUGAUUGGGACAGAUAAUAUUUAAUUUCAAACCUUUUAUACUUGUUUGGACUUUAUCAAUUAAUAGCUAAUUUGAAUGUCAAUAGUAAAUCGUUCUCGCCUUUGUUAAUUAAAUAGUAGAUGCUCUACGAAAAUAUUUUUUUUAUCCCAACACUCGUUGAUUAAAUCGUUUACUUAUAGAGUUAAAUUGUGUUAAAUACCAAAAACAGGUCAGUAUGAUUGUAAAAUAUUAGUUUAUAAAUAUUAAAAUGUACUUAGUAUAGUGUGUUCGACACGCCAAGUGGCUGCACUACGAGAAAUUGUUACGUGUAAAUGGCGCUGUACGCCCUAAAACCUAACAAACUACAGUUAUUUGUAUCUGUGUAUCAACUGUAUAUACAUCAAUUUAAAUCAUGCAGUUAAUAUGAAACCGAAGUUAACCAGACGAUCAAACCCAUCUGUAACAAUUUCUCGUAAUGAGUGUACGUCAUAAUUUGUGUUCUCUAGAAUCUAACGGCAUAUUAUAUAUUAUAUAUUCAUAAGGUGUAUAUAAUAAUAAAAUUUUGACUAAUGUUAAACACAAGUUACUUUAAUUUAUGAUUGUCUAUGUCCUCAAAUACCUUCAAUAGACAAUUUUGAGUUAAAGAUAACUUGCUUAAUGUCAAUUUCACAAGUCCAAGGACACUACGUAGUUAUUCGUAGUUACUAUAAACUGAACAUCACACACUGUCACAUCUGGUAAGAUAUGUUGCUGUAAGUGCUUGCUUGUACAGAAAUACAAUGGGCCAAAUAGUUUAAGCAUUGUACAAAGGCACUAAAGAUAUUGCGAUGCCCAUGUAUUUCUUAUUUAUAGAUAGAACAUUCGUUAAGACUUGAUAAAAUUUGUACUAAAACGAGUUUGUCCCUCCUGUUGCUCAAUUAACAGACGCUGAUUCAUCUAAAAUAAAGAAAUGAGACUGAA